AUGGCAAUAAAAGCAACAGAGGAGAUGCAGCUGGAGCACCUGGAAUUCCUAUAUCCCUCAAGGCAGUGGAAUAAUGAUGACGGUGGUGGUGAUGAUGAUAAUGAAGAUGAUAAGAAUUCUUCAUUGCAGUAUAUCUACAACGUGGCAAUCCUGAAAGAGGUCAUGUGGUAUGUAGCACAUUAUUGGAGACAUCUGUACUCACUUCUAGCUUUGGUGUUAUUGCUAAAUCCACUGGAAUUGCAAGCUUCAAUCAACUAUAAGCCCAACUUUGUAAUCUUCCUGGCUGAUGACUUUGGCAUUGGGGAUCUCGGCUGCUAUGGAAAUGAUACAAUCAGGACUCCCAAUAUCGAUCGGCUAGCAGAAGAAGGUGUGAAACUCACUCAGCACAUAUCAGCAGCCCCCGUUUGCUCCCCAAGCAGAGCCGCUUUCCUGACUGGCCGAUACCCCAUCAGAUCAGGUUUCGAUGAAAGGGAUCGUUUCCGUGUCCUUAGCUGGCUUGCUGGUUCUGGUGGGCUUCCUCAGAAUGAAACUACUUUUGCCAAGAUAUUGCAGAACAAAGGCUACACCACUGGCAUAAUAGGAAAGUGGCAUCUAGGUAUGAACUGUCGAACCCGUGAUGACUUCUGCCAUUACCCCUUAAAUCAUGGAUUUGACUAUUUUUAUGGAAUGCCAUUUUCACUGAUGGGUGAUUGUCAAAUUACAUCCCCUCCAGAGAAGGACAUGGACCAACGAAACAAGCUUUGGUCUUAUACUCUGAUGAUUGCCCUCGCUGUACUUACACUUAUGGCAGCAAAGCUCACUCAUCUGCUGCCUCUCAGUUGGAAAACAAUUUUCUCCCUAGCUUUGUUUGGUUUCGCCUUCUUCAUUUCCUGGUACUCAAGCUUUGGAUUCAUGAGAUACUGGGACUGCAUUGUAAUGAGAAACUAUGAAAUUACAGAGCAACCAGCGAAGGUAGAGAGAGCUGCAUCUCUGGUGCUGAGGGAAGCCAUUUCCUUUAUUGAAAGGAACAAGCAAGGGCCAUUCUUCCUCUUUGUUUCUUUCUUACAUGUUCACACACCACUGGUAACAACAGAAAGGUUCAAGGGGAAAAGCAGGCAUGGAUUGUAUGGUGACAAUGUCGAAGAGAUGGACUGGAUGGUAGGAAGGAUUUUGGAUAAGCUUGACAAGGAAAAUUUGAAAAACAGCACACUGACCCAUUUUACUUCUGACCAUGGUGGCCACUUGGAGGCCAAAGAAGGAAAUGCUCCGCGAGGUGGUUGGAAUGGCAUCUACAAAGGUGGAAAAGCCAUGGCAGGCUGGGAAGGAGGAAUACGUGUCCCUGGAUUAUUUAGAUGGACAGGAAUGCUACCCAAGGGCAAGAUUAUUCAUGAACCAACCAGUCUAAUGGACAUUUUCCCUACAUUGGUUCAUCUGGCUGGCGGGACACUACCACAGGACAGGAUAAUUGAUGGUCGUGAUUUGAUGCCUUUGCUGCUGGGAUCAGUUCAGCACUCAGAGCAUGAAUUCCUGUUUCACUACUGUGGGAUGCAUUUACAUGCAGCGCGGUGGCACCAGAAGGACAGUGGAAAUGUGUGGAAAGUUCAUUAUAUGACACCAGUCUUUCACCCAGAGGGAGCUGGAGGUUGUUACAAUAUAAGAUUUUGCCAAUGUUCUGGGAAAUAUGUAAGACAACACGAUCCUCCUCUGCUGUUUGAUCUCUCGAGAGACCCAUCAGAGGCUGUGCCUCUUUCACCAGACACAGAACCCCUGUUCCAUGAAGUUCUAAAGCGCAUAGGCAGAGCUGUGGAAGAGCAUCGCAGGACCCUCACUCCUGUCCCACCGCAGCUCUCUUUUGGCCACAAUAUCUGGAAACCAUGGCUGCAGCCAUGCUGUGGGACAUUCCCAUUCUGCUGGUGUGACAAAGAAAAUGAAAACCUAUAG